AUGUUCGGCCUCAUCGACCUCUACAUGCAGCCAGGUAUUUUUUUGAAUCCCAAGUUUUUCUACUACGGUCCAGAUGAGAUGUCUCAAGAUGAGGAAGUCAUGAACGGAUUGUAUGGUUCAAUUACAAAAUUAACCAAGUCUGAUGACAUAGAAGAUGAAAUACUCAAGGAGUUGGUUACUUACAAAAAUGCAGAUGGAAUUUUUGCUAAAUCGACUGCGAAAAGGCAAAGAAAUCUGAUCUCGCCGGCUGAAUGGUGGGGAUUGUAUGGGGCAUCAACACCUAACCUACAAAAAUCGGCCAUAAGGAUUCUAAGUCUGACUUGUAGCUCAUCGGGUUGUGAACGCAACUGGAGUGUGUUUGAAAACAAAAGAAACCGACUACAGCAACAACGUUUGAAUAAUUUGAUUUUUAUCAAGUACAAUAGGGCACUUCGUUGUAGGUUUGAUAAGCGCGACACAAUUGACCCUAUCAUCUUAGAUAAUGGGGUUGAUAAUGAGAAUGAGUGGAUGGUAGGAAGAAUGGAGAAUGGAGAAGAUAUUCUUGUUUUUGAUAAUGAUGAUCUUAAUUGGGGUGAUGUAGAAACUGCUAUGGGAGUGAAUGAAGAACCUUAUCAACUAAGGGGAUCUUGA